CCCUGGGGUCUUGGAACCGGGGGCUUCCCAUACGUCCGAACUCCUUCCCUGGUCUCAGAGCUUCGGUCAUGGCGGAAGAGCUCGCUGCGAAUCCCCCAAACGAUUGAAGGGGACGCGACGGAAGCCGGAUCCGCCGUAGGCAUGGAGCUGGAGACCUCAUCCCCCAAAUCCCCUGCGGUUCCGAGCCCCUGGUCGCCGAUAACGGUGCGGAGAAGCCAGCGGAGGAGGGCGGAGGAGGGCGGGCGAAGAGGAAGAGAGAGGAGGGAAACGAUGCAGCGGCAGAGGAGCAGGAGGAGGAGGACGAGGGUGGAGCCUUGAAGAAACGGAUGGUAGAGAGGUCUCUGGAAGAAGAAAGGCUCGAGAAGAUGGAAGAUAAGAAGGAGGGGGGAGAGGAUUCGAAGGAGGAGGAGGAGGAGGAGGAAGAAGAAGAAGGAGGAGGCAGGGAGGACAAGGAAUCGAUGACGGUGAGCCUGGGGCCGAAGGUGUUUGACUCGUCGAAGGAGAUGUUCGACUACUACUUCAAUCUCCUACGUCACUGGUCUCUCAAUCUCGAUAUCAACGAGUACGAGCACAUGGUGCUGUUGGACAUUCUGCAGAGGGGCCAUCCGGAGCCUGACAAGAAGAUCGGAGAAGGGAUCCGAGCAUUCCAGGUCCGGUACCGGCCGGCGUGGAAAAGUCGAUGCUUCUUCAUCGUUUGGGUUGAUGGAGCCGAUGAUGAUUUCAGCUUUCGUAAAUGUAUCGAUCAGAUCCUCCCAUCGCCUGAACACAUGAAAGCCCAGUCAGUCUCAAAUGGCGACCAGGUUGGCCGAAGGCAGGGAGGAAAUAGCGGGCGAUGCCAUGGCAGGAGAGGUGGGAGAAUUUCACUGUUGGUCUUCUGCUUGCUGGCUAGUCUUCAGAAUCUCACUGGUGAACAUUCUUGCUUUCAUCUGUUGCUAGUGGUAAAAGGGUAGUAUUUCAAACCCGAUCCGUUAGCUGUUCAACAGGCCCAGAGUCGACUCAAACCUUAUGGAGAGCAUACACCCUAGAAGUAUUACAGUGGAGAGGUGUUGAACUUCGAACUUAUGGCGUGACAUAUAUAUCUGGGUUGGGCUUGUCAUCCGAGCAAUUUUUAGACCUUAUGAUGCUUGUAUCCGGCGUUCAAAGUUUAGUUACAAAUCUCUACUAAUGCAUUACAUUAGGAGCUCGUUUGGUUCGCGAGAAACAUUUUUCCUCUUAAGAAUAUAAUUUAUGAAAGCAGAUUCUUGAAAAGAGGAUACCUGAUAAAGUACUUUUGGCAUGUUUGGUUGAACAUAGGAAAGUGACAAACUUCCAAAGUGCUUAUGUUUGAUUGAUUAUUCACUUUUCUGAGAAAGUUAUGUGUAAUUUUUAUUAUAUCU